AGGGAGUGAGUUGCCUCCUCUUGGAGGACAGGGAUGUAGCAGCCCAAUGCUGCAGGGAACAGCUGGGAAAGAGAGAAACAAAAGGGGAGGAGAAGCAGUGAGGAGGGGAAGAGGCUCACUGUGGUUUCCCUGAGCACCAGCACACGCCUCCGGCACAGGAGCUGCUUCUGGGUCCCUGAUGCAGAGAUGCAUUGGUCCUUUGGCUGGUGCCAGACUGGAAGCAAACCUCAUCCUGUGUUUUAUGGCGGGCUUGGAACACUUGCAGUGAGAGAGAAGAUUUCCUUUGAGAACGACAGCCUGGGCUGUGCUCACUUCUGCUUUCUCACUCAACGUUUGCUUGUGCCAAAGAUGCUCUACCCACUGCUUGCCCUGGGAGCGCUGGUGCUCGGCCUGGCAGGUGCCAUGGAGAUCCAGGUCCCGGAAGAGCCUGUGGUGGCACUUUUUGGCCAAGAUGCCACCCUGCGCUGCUCCUUCUCCCCAGAGGCCAACUUCAGCCUUGACAACCUGACCCUCUUCUGGCAUCUGACAGACACCAAGCGCUUGGUCCAUAGCUUCUCCGGUGGGCGAGACCAGCUAGCAAACCAGGGUGACAGCUACGCCAACCGGACGGCCCUCUUCUAUGACCAGCUGGCCCAGGGCAACGUUUCACUGCUUCUCCGACGUGUGGAGAUCUCAGAUGAGGGCAGCUUCACCUGCUUUGUUUGGGUCCAACACUACAGCAGUGCAGCCGUGACAUUGCAGGUGGCAGCUCCCUACUCCAAGCCAACUAUGAACCUGGAGCCCCACAAGGACUUGAAGCCAGGAGAUCUGGCGAUCGUGACUUGCCAUGCUUCCCGCGGCUACCCCGAGGCCAGUGUCCUCUGGCAGGACAGCCAGGGCAGGAACAUCACAGAAAAUAUCACCACGUCCCAGGUGGCCAAUGAGGAAGGUCUCUUUGACAUGCACAGCGUCCUCCAGGUGCUGGUGGAACCCAGCAGCACCUACUCCUGCCUGGUGCGAAACCCAGUGCUGCAGCAGGAGACCCAAGCCUCUGUCACCUUCACAGGCCAACACCUCACCUUCCCUGCUGUGGCUCUCUGGGUGACGGUGGGACUGGCCAUCUGCGUCGUGGGGCUGUUUGCUGUCAUGGUGUACAUCUGCCAGAAGAAAGUCCGUCAGAGCUGCAAAGAAGAGGAGGAAAACGCAGGGACAGAGGAGCAGGAUGAAGAGGGAGAAGAACCCAAGACAGCCCUGCGGCCCCUGAAGAGUGCAGAGAGCCAAGACGAUAAUGAACAAGAAAUCGAUUGAUGGGAGCUACGACACCCCAAGCAGCACCCUGUGCCCUGGACCAGCUGAGAUGUCCCCAGUAGGGAUGUGCUCCAGGUGCUCUGCGGAGGUCAUGGAUCUGCUGCCCCCCCCCAGGUCCUGUGCCCAAUCACCCUCUUCCCACCCUGGCCAUGUCUUUGGGGCUCCCUGGAAUUGGAGAGAGGCUUCAUCUCUUUGUCCCCGGCAAGCCCUGAAGACCAGUGCAUCCUUCCCAGGGAUGGUGUGCCAUGGGGUGGAGGCUCCUCCUUUUCCAUAUGUCUGUCCCUAUGUGGGGCUGAGAGUACACGGGGGUCAACCAUUUACCCCCAGCACCCUCUGUGCCUGCACCCAUGUGGCUGCAGCCGAGCCAGCCGCCCUCAAAGUGCCUUUCAGGGCAAAUUUCAGUGCCCUUUCCAAGCCCAGAGGCUUUGAUAGAGGUGAUGGGAUCAGUGAGGUCCUUGGGAGUGACUGGUCAAGCUCCAGAGGCUCCAGGAAGAUGAAUGGGACCUGUGGGAUCCCUAGGCACAGUGUAACAGAGCUAGUACUCUCAUCUCUGACAUAUGCAUUGCUCUAGGGAUGUACGGCGGUGGUUAUUUUCUCACAUUGCACCAGAGUGGUUCCCACUGGACUUCUAUUUUUGCCUUAAAUGCAAAAUCCCAUCAGGGUGGUUAUCCUCUGCCUUGAAUUUUUGAAGGAGGUUGGAAGUCGGGGCUCAGGGAGACCUGCUGGCCAGGUGAAGCCCCCCUGCCUUCCCUGCGGUGACAAAGACGAUGUGUUGGGGACUAAAGCACUGCUGGGGGAUGAACCUGGCCAGUGCUGUAGGGUCGAGCCUUUGUUUUUCCUGUGGGAUCAGGGGUCUUUGCCCUCCUGUGUGUCCUGGGGGUCCUUCGCUGCUGGGUACCCACAGGGUGCGUGGGGGCGAACAGCGUGGUGUGUCCCUGUCCCACUCUGAUGGGUGGACAGGUUCCCGUUGUGCCCCCCGAUGGCUCUUCUGCUGGUUUUCAUCGUUAUUUAAAAUUCAGAAUUGGAAGGGGUUUUUUUGUGCCUUGACAAAUAAACUCGGGGGUUGUUUUGGACAGUGCUUUGUGGGCUUGAUGUGGUCUCUGGGAGGCAGAUUAGCUGGUAAUUAGUUUAAAUAUUGAAAUACCCAGAGUAAAACCUUUAUUGUCCCUCUUUCAUAGAAGCAUGCAAUGAUUUGGGUUAGAAGGGACCUCAAAGCCCAUCCAGUUCCAACGCCCUGCCAUGGGUAGGGACACCUCCCACUGGAUCAGGCUGCUCCAAGCCCCAUCCAACCUGGCCUUGAACACCUCCAGGGAUGGGGCAGCACCUGGUGCACGGAGCAGACCACUCCAGCAAUGGAGAGAUGCCUGACCUCAUCCCUCUUCUUUGUUUUCAUACCUUGAGCAGAACAGAGAGCAACAUCCCAAAGGCACACUGUCAUCUGUUUGGGAUUGCUCUAAAAUUCAGGCUGGCUAAUCCCUGGGAUGGGGUGCAAGUGGGGUCUGAUGGAGGUUGGUGGGAAAGGGACCUAUCUCAGUCACCUGCAGAGGUUUAUUUUUAGCUGCCCUUCCCCGGGCAUGAUGCCAGGCUCUACGUUUAAAUAGAAAAAUAUUUCUAAAAGCAAGACAAGGGAAAGCGGGCUGGUAUCAAACUCAGAUUAGGGAGGGGAUGAAUGGUGAUUUCAUUUAGGGACUUUGAUCUAUGGCCUGAAUUAACUGCCAGUGCAGUUUUUAACGAGAUGCCAGGAGGUACCAUUAAUAUUAUUUAGCACCCAGAUGCUGGGCUGGGGGAAUGAAGCCAUUAACCACCCCCAGCUCUUUGUCACAGUGGGAUGAGUUGUCACUAGGUCCAGGGCAUCUUUAAAAGUCCUGAGAUUGGCUCGAAAGGUCCUGAGAAGGCAUUCUCAGGGACGUCUCCAGCUGGGAGCUUUCUGGGGCAUUUCUUUGGGCAGAUCUGAGGUGGUUUAGGCAAAAUGCAAUCUGGGCUGUGCAGGGAAGGGAGAUGUUGAGGAAUAAAAUCAGAAUUAAGUUGCGGCAGCUGAGGGAAAGUGGUGCUUAGAGGGCUCAGGUAGAUGAGCCAUCCUGAACUGUGAGCUCCUGCUCACCACACUCCCAGGGAGGAUGUGCUGCGCUUUGACAUGGGAUAAAGCAGCCCAGGAGGAGCUUAGUUGUCUCCUUUGUCCCCAGGUGCCAUCCUGGUUUUGGGGCUGUCCAGGUGAUGGGUCUUUUGGGGGGAGGAAACCAUCCAUCCUUUUUUUGAAGGUCGCCUUAAUCCAACACAUGAUUUGAUGGGUGCUGUGAGUGAGACCCAGCCACGGAUGAGGCAGGCUGGCUGGCUGCAAUGCUGCGUACCUGAUGCAGCACAGUUUUCCCAUUCCCUCAAAGCCCCAACAUCAUCCUCCACCUGCUCCUGGAUAACAGCAAACUUGGCAGCCAGGAAAGGGAUUUAACAGGGAUGCAGAGCAUAAAGGACCUGGUGCUGAGAGCUGGCAGCAACUCGGCUGCCGGGGCUUGCUUACGUUUGUUCUCAUCCCUCCCGGGAGCAAGCAAAGCUGUGAGUUAAUCCAAACACCUUUGAUAGGUAAAAGACAACAGAAAAAUCACAUUUGGCAGGUUAUUUCAGAAAGCACCAGGGUGAAUCUCUUCCCAGUGCCGAUCGAUAGUGGCUUGAUUCUCCCCAUCAAUAAUAAAUAAAGGGCUCCUGUUUCUUGUAUUGACCUAAUUAUGGAGGGAGAGAAGGAGAGAGCUGCUGAGCUGUGUUGCUGCCUCGCCUUGAGGACUGCGCAGGCAGGAGGGCAGACGUCGGGAUGAGAUGCAAGAGGGUGGGAUAGAAUGGGAUACAAGGGCGUGGGCGGAGAUGGUGCCUCUGUGAUGCUGGAGUGGCAUUGCUGCCUGUCCCUGUUGUCCCCUUGUCCUGCUCAUGGAUGAAGCUGUGUCCCUGCUGGGAGCAGGGAUGCUCUGGAAACCCUGCCAGGGGGGGUGGACCAAAGAGGUGCCCAACACCCGUGAGUGCCCCUGCCCUGCAAUGUGGGUCAGUGUUUUUCUCCAGAGAUUACGGAUUUGCCAGAACCACCAUUUUCUACACGGGCUUCUUUCUGUGGGGUGAUGUACCUCAUCAGGAUAAGCGGGGUCCAGCCCCUACACUGCCCCAAACACCCAGUUCUUGGCCUCAAAAUUGCCAGGCCAGCCCCAAAUUCAGCUGGCUGAGCUGAUUCUGAUUUUAAGGAUGUUGCAGACUUAACAUCUGAUUUUCCUGGGGAAAGCAGAACCCACAAACAGGACCAGGGACUGGAUCUUCCUGCAGAUCAGUUGAUGAAGGUGAGGAGCAAAUCCCCAAAGCCAAGGCUGUGAACGUGGGGGGAGCUUGUCACAGGGAGAGGCAAUAUGAAAAAAACAUUUUCUAGCUCUUCUUGUAGCUUCUCGUGGGAAGCAGCAUCCGAAAAAGAUUUUAAUUGCUCUAAAAAGCAUAGAAUCAUAUCAUGGAAUGGUUUAGGUUGGAAGGGAUCCUAAAACCCAUCCAGUUCUAACUCCCUGCCAUGGGCAGGGACACCUCCCACUGGAUCAGGUUGCUCCAAGCCCCAUCCAACCUGGCCUUGAAUACCUCCAGGGAUGGGGCAGCCACCACUGCUCUGGGUGACCUGGGACAGGGCCUCCCCACCCUCACAGGAAAACAUUCAUUCCUAAGAUCUUGUUUCAAUCUCCCCUCUUUCAGCCUAAAACUGUUCAUCUUCGUCCUAUCCCUGCACUCCCUGAUCAAGAGCCCCUCCCCGGCUUUUCUGGAGCCCCUUUCAGUAUUGGAAGCUGCUCUAAUGUCACCCCGCAGCCUUCUCUUCUCCAGGAUGAACAACCCCAACUCAGCCUGUCCUCUUAUGAGAGGUGCUCCAGCCCUCAGAUCAUCUUUGUGGCCUCCUCUGGACUCGCUCCAACAGCUCCAUGUCCUUCCUGUGCUGAGGACUCCAGAACUGAAUGCAGUGCUCCAGGUGAGGUCUCAUGAGAGCGGAGGGGCAGAAGUCUCCUCCCUCACCCUGCUGGUCCCAUUUCCAAUGCAGUCGCAUGGUGGAAGUCUUUGAUCCAUGCUGUAAGAAGCAAUAUUGCAUCCUCCCUUUGGGAUGGGUCUCCUCUUGAAUUUUUCAUUUUACACACAACAACUUCACCACCUGAGAUGAGAAAAAUCAUUUCUCUGUCAGGCAUGGAAAAGAACUGCACCGUCAGCACUUUUUCUCUGGAUGGCUCAUCUGAAGGAAUCAGUUUAUUUGCUGUGUUUUUUUUUUCACUGCAGGGUUAAACACUGUAUGAAUAGGGGAAUUGAAUGCUUCUCUGGCAAGGUUUAAGCAACAUUUCCUUACCUGAGACAGCACAUGCUUCUUUAAGGCUCAUUAAGCAACACCAACCUCUGUUCACCAUCUCCAAGAAACGAUGCUAUCACCGAGCCUGCAGAGCGGCGGCUCAGAUCCCGCUAGCAAAAGCAUUGCCGAGGGGUUUGUCUCACUCACCGUGAACAGUGGUGGUAAAAUGACAUUGAAGUGCCACCCAGUCGUAAAAUGACAGUCAAACAUCCCCCCAGCUCCCUCUCCCCCGUGCCACGCUGUGCAUCCCAGAGAAAUGAACUGCACUUGGCUAAUGCGGGAAAAGAGGGGAAUUGCAGUUUGGAAAUGAUAUUGCUCAUUAAUUUUCCUGGCUGGAGACAACUUCUUAAUGCCAGGUAGGGUUUUUUUAAGCAACAUCACCGUUUCGUUUCAAAUCUCUCUUAAACGACUUCUGAGUCACCGCGAUAAAUACUCCCUGUGCUUUCUUUCUGCUUCAGAUCCGUUAUAACUACUGAUGGAUAAAUUGCUUGAGUUCACCAGGAUAAAUCAUGCAGGAUAGCCAAAUCUGUAAUUGAAAUGUCUUUCAGCCCCUUUGUAACUCUGAGUUAGCGGGACCACACGCAUUGCGGCUGCAGGGAGAAACCCUCUUGGGAUCCAGCUCUGAAAAACAGGUCCUGGGAGGGAGAAAUUGGCUCUGAAAGUGCCAAUUCCACCCGGUUCCCUUAGGAAUACCAUGUCACUCUUCAUCCCCCAUCAAAAGGAUCUGGAUACCAGGACCAAUGGCACAAGUGGAGAGUUUUCCAAGGUCUUUUUUUUCUGCCAAAAAGAAGGAUUUGAGUGUGCUAAUGCUUUGCAUUGGCUCUGGAUUGCCUGCUGUUCCGACAGCAAAUUCCCUGAG